AUGGGAACAUGGGCGGUUCCACCCACCAUACGCUGGUGGGGAGUUCUCAUGCUAGCGUCCAUGUACUGUCUACAAGUUAAAAGUGCCUUAUUUGAACCCCCGGACAAUGCUGCUUAUGUUAUGGCUUGGCUAGAUACUGCCCAUAACGAUACACCCGCAGCAUGCAACCAAAGAACAGGACGUGACUGGCCAAUGUACCAAUUGACGCAAACGAUACCAACAAACUCUUCAACAAACCCAAUUCCCAAUGUGGAUACAACUGCGCCAACAUAUCUCUUAGAUGGGACUGGCACAGAUGCGUUUCUCUUCCUGACUAUAUACCCACUCAGUGCUGGAGAUAUGCUUUAUGUUACUGACGCAGAUAUUCAAGCACUGGCAGCUCAAAUGAAGGCGUUGAAUGAUAAAGGGAGACGAGUGUUGAUGAGGAUUGCACCAGAGAUGAAUGCCAAUUGGUACCCAUACGGCCAGAAGCCAUCUCUCUACAUCCCUUUUUUCCGGAAGAUUGUGAUUGCAGUGAGAAAAGUGGCACCUCUGGUCGCAUUCGUGUGGAGUCCAACCGUGAGGGGCUUGGAAUCAUUCCCUGCACAGAACGCAGUACCCGGCACAUUAGAUUUUACUCUUCAGGAUACCAAUAAUGAUGGAGUGGUGAACUCGUUUGAUGAUCCGUACAGUUGCUACUAUCCAGGUGAUGCUUAUGUUGACUGGGUCGGAUUAACCUUAAAAUACUUACCACCACAGCAACCAUACGUGGUAAACACGGCUCCGUCAAUCCAAACGUUUCUGCUGUCCAUGGAGGGCGCUGGUACCGGCAAUACCGGAAUCGCAUACGACUUUUAUCAGCUCUUUGUAGUUGGACAUGACAAGCCUUUCUGCUGCUCUGACUGCUCUGCUGCAUUUUAUCUCGCUGGAAUAUUUCCGGAUGCUAUUAGUGUCCCUGAGGGUCCUGGAGAACUUUUCGUAAAGCAGUCUUGGUGGCAGCAAACCAUUACGUCUUCUACUACGCACUCAUUCUAUCCCAGAAUCAAAAUAUGGGGCCUUUACGAGUUUCGUCGAGUUGCAAACAAUACAUAUCAGGACUUUCAGAUUCUGAACGACACUGAUCCAAAUGGAAUACUGCCAGCCUUCUUACAAGAUGUUGGCUCAUCAUCUAUAAGGAUCUUGACUGCAAACAAGACAUCAGUCGUCGUGACCCCACCAAAUGCUCCCUCAUCGUCAACGAAAUCCAGUUCUCAUAGAAAACUCAAUAUCAGCUGGCUGACCCUCAUCUUCCUCAUACCAUCACUAAUCCUAAUUGUACAAACCCAGUGCUAG